AUGCAAGCUGGAUCAGUAUGGGCUAUUCUUGCUGUUAGCCAAAUUACAACAAAGACAAGUUUCAUACAACGAAACGCAGUGUCAAUAACGGUCUCAUUUAUCACUUUAACAUUUCCAAAUUUUUUCGAUCUCAUAAGUAAAAUGGAGCGAUAUCAUCCACGAACUGCUCUUCGAAUACAAUUAGGAAGGGUUUUAUUCCUCUAUAUAUUGAAUUAUUAUACUCUUAUCAUUUCAUUAAUGUUUAUGUUAAAUACAAUGGAAAGUCAGCGAAAUGUUGAUGAACGUCUUAUUCCGGUUACACAAUAUUCCGUUCAUCAUCCAAAUAAAGCGCCGAUUUACAACAUUUCCUACAAUCAAAUCAUUAAACAACGGACUGGCCGUCAAGUGAUAUUCGAUUUUCCAUCUGUAGCAUCAUCACUUUUCAAUCGUAGUAAAUUUAGUGACAUUCCAACGACACCAUCUCCUGGUAAAUUAUGGACAACUGUUUUUCCAAACUUUGGUCCACUUGGCAUUACAAAUCCGAAAGCUGUUGUGACUGAAAAUCGGCGUGGUAUAAUGAAUGCAAGUACUUUUAUCGCAUACCCGAUAGGUAAUAACGAUUGGACUAAAAAUAUUUCCGCUCAACCGACAGUUUUAAAUUAUUCCACAACCGUACAAGCGGUUCUGUCGGCAGCACGCCUAUCCACGGAUUGGUAUGAAGAAUGUUGGGAAAAUCUCAUUGGAGAGGAAAUAACAAAGUUGGUGACGACUGAUUUAGUGAUGACAAUUGCAUCUAUUUUGGUGAUCGAUUUUUUUCGAGCUCUUUGGGUUCGCUACACCAAUAUUUGGUGGUUUUGGAAUUUAGAAACAACUUUCCCGGAAUAUGGUGAAUUCAAAGUUGCGGAAAAUGUGCUGCAUCUAGUAAAUAAUCAAGGAAUGAUAUGGCUGGGAUUAUUUUUCGUUCCUAUGUUACCAGCUAUUAAUAAUAUCAAAUUAAUCAUUCUAAUGUAUAUUAGAGGUUGGGCCGUAAUGACUUGUAAUGUACCAGCCCGGCAAAUAUUCCGUGCGUCCAGAUCAAGUAAUUUUUAUUUGAUGCUGUUGUUGCUUAUGUUGUUUCUUUGCACUCUUCCGGUAGGUUACGUAAUCGCUUCGAAGAAACCAUCCAAGAUAUGCGGUCCAUUUGCAAGUCAAAAACGUUUCUACAGUGUAAUUGUGCAAUUGCUUGAUCGUAAUUUAACGAAAGGUCUUGUUGAUGCGAUCAGAUAUAUGAUAUCACCCGGUAUUGUUAUUCCAGUUUUAUUGCUUCUCCUUUUAACUAUAUAUUUCCUGUUUGCUUUAGUACGUGGCCUACGUGAAGCAAAUACUGAUCUCACCAAGCAGUUAUUACAUGAGAGGACAGAAGAGAAAAAGAGAAUAUUUGAAUUGGCAGGUGGAAAGAAACGUUUGGCUGCCAACAAUAAUGAACUUUCACGUUCUCCUUUACUUCCCAAAAAAUCAACUGAUAGUACAAACGUAAAGAAUAAAAUUAGUAGUUAUACGGAUGACGAAAUUUCAGCAGAUAAAUCGUAUAAACGAAGUAAUAGGGAUUUACGCAGUUACGUUCCUUCACUGAAAAGUGUUAGUGAAGCGGAACAUUCGGAAUCAGAUGAAGAAGAACCGGAACAGAAGCUAAAAGAGCAGCAAGAAAAUGAUGAAAAAUCUGAAAUAGCUGAAAUAAAACGUAGUUGGAAGCAAAAAAUUAUGACUUGGCUUGGUUUGGAUAAGAAGCCGAAGAGACCAAGAAAACUUCGGCUAAGAUAUGAUCACAAUGAUAUUGAAGCAGGCAAUGGAUCAUUUAUGUCUGGCAAAAAAUCCACCUCAAAAUCUGCAACAUCAGAUGAUCAGCGUUCAAUAACAUCGAUUACCGAAUCAUUCUUGCAUAGCAGUCCAUCAUCAGAAAAGCUUAUAGAAGAAGAGGAAGGUGAAAUAAAGAGUGAUCGAAGUGUUACGUCUACUGCUAAAAAUAGUAUAGAGCAAGACCGAAAGCGGAUAAUAUCACAACAAACAUUUGGAGUUCAUGAAACUUUGAUGGAAAAAACUGUCUCAUUGUUAGAGCCUACAAAUGAUGAUGGCAGCGAUGAUUCACCCCAUGAAUCGCCAAAAGAAGUUGAAAAUCGAGGAUAUGAUUCUUCUGAUUUGUCAGAUCCACGUUUCUCUUACGCUGAUCCAUAUAGCAGUUAUGCAAAUGCGAUGAUGUCACCUUUAAUGGAAAUGCAGACAUUAUCACCGGCAAUAUAUUCUGAAAAUGAAAUAGAAGCGGAAGAUGAAUUUGAUGAAGGCAAUGGAGUAACUCAACAUCUAGAAGAUUAUAAUAGAAUGGAUAAGCCUGAAAAAAUUAGCCAUGAAGAAGGCCUAGAUGGAAAAUCGAAUGUAAGACAAAAAGUUGAACAAGAUGAAAUCAGGCCAAAUAAUGCAAGUAUCAUCGUCCAUCCCGAAAUACAUAUUCCGGCAAUGAUUUCUGACAUUGAUGUGGAGCACGAAAAGGAAAUAAAUCAAAGUUUGAAAAUGAAAGAGAUCAAUCAGCAAAUUAAAUUGGGUAAAGUGGAGGCUCGAGUUUUUCUUCGGGAAGCAAAGCCAAAAUCGCACCAUUCAGAAACAGUGCAAAGCCCACAUACAGCUAGUGAUUCAGAAUCUCGAAUGAUUGUUGCUGGUAAAGAUCCAAGAUUAUAUUAUACUGAUUCAGAAUGUGUUACAUCACAUGGCAAACAUUUUCAAAGGUACAAAAAACCAAUCCAUUAUGCUAUACCAUAUUAUUCACGAGUGGCAAAUACGCAGGAGGAUCAUCAAACCGAUAUUUUAGUGCAGCAAUUUUUGAUGCGUGUUAAUAUUAGUGAAAAUCGCUCCGGAAUCCUUCCGGAUCGUUCGUCAUCCCAUCAACCUUUGCCAUCAUUACCUGAACAUCAUACACAUGAAGCACAAUCUGCAAUGAAUAAAGUUCAGCAUACCUUAAAUCAGCUACCGUUGCCAUCUAAUGAAACUAGCCAAAUUUGUAAACAUACACUUCAUGUUCCUUGUGGUCAACCAUAUGGACCAUAUCCGGCAGGUGAAUGUUAUCCGUGUUCACCACCUCCAGGGUAUUAUCCACGGUCGUGUUAUCAACGAUGCUGUAAUGAUAUUAGUGGUGUCAAUGAUGAUAAUGAUGAUGACAAUAAUAUUAAUGAUGAUGAUUACAGCGAUGUUGAUGUUAAAGAUGACGGCAUGGAACGUGGUGAUGAUACUAAAAACAUACUCUAA